AUGGUCAACUACUCAAGGUGCUGUGUGACAAUUAUGCUAUUAGCAUGGAUGACAAUCAUUACUCUAGCUUUACAGUCUGCGUCUGAAAAAACGACAGGCUCAAAUGCAUGCAUUAACAAGCAGACUUGCCAUGACUGUAUACAGACCCCCAGUUGUGCAUGGUGUUCUAUGCCUGGGUUUGGUAACAAACGGUGCUUUCUUCCACAUGUUAAUGCCAAAAUAUCAGCAGAAUGUCCUGAUGAUUAUACUAUUAAUCCUGAUAACGAGUACAUUAAAAUAAGAUAUAAAGACUUAACCAAAGGAAGUUAUAGUCCUGUGAUUGGUUUAAAAGAAGAUAAUAAACAAAAAGAACAAAAAUCAGUCAGCAAAGAUGACAUAGGCAGUAAUAAACAAGAAGCAGUGCAACUUUAUCCUCAGGAAGUUAGCUUGAAAUUGAGAAUAAAUGAGGUCCAGAAAAUCAAAAUUGAAUUUGCUCAGGCAGAUGAUUAUCCAGUUGAUUUAUAUUAUCUUAUGGACUUGAGUAACUCUAUGAAAGAUGACAAGCAAAAAUUGUCUGAUUUGGGUCAGCUGCUUGUAGAAAGUAUGAGCAACAUAACUAGUAAUUUCAGAUUAGGUUUUGGCAGUUUUGUCGAUAAAGUUGUCAUGCCUUAUGUGAGCAUGGUGCCAAAAGCCUUGAUAGAACCUUGUGAUGGAUGUGCUGCACCAUACGGUUAUCGAAAUCAUAUGCCUUUAUCUCAAAACACUCGUAGAUUUGCGACAGAGGUACGAGAUGCCCCAGUUUCUGGUAAUUUAGACGCUCCCGAAGGUGGCUUCGACGCUAUAAUGCAGGCAAUAGUCUGUAGAGACGAAAUUGGCUGGCGCGAAAAAGCUCGUAAGCUCUUGCUAUUUUCGACCGAUGCCAGUUUUCACUAUGCCGGCGACGGUAAACUAGGUGGCAUCGUCAAGCCCAACGAUGGUAUGUGCCAUCUCGACAAAACAGGACUAUACACGCAUUCCACUCUUCAAGAUUACCCCAGCAUCUCUCAAAUCAACAGAAAAGUCAAGGAAAACUCUGUCAACAUAAUUUGGGCUGUUACAGAGGAGCAAAUUAGAAUUUACAAUAAUUUGACGAAUCUCAUUGAAGGUUCAUACGCUGCCAAACUCAGCAACGAUUCCAGUAACAUCGUAGAUUUAGUUCGUGAGCAAUACAAUGCGAUCUCUAGUUCCAUUGAAAUGAAAGAUACUGCAAGUAGUAAUGUCAAUCUAAAGUAUUACUCCAGUUGCCUGGGCGGACCAAUGGUCGAGACCAACAAGUGCGAUGGAAUGAAAGUCGGUAACAAAGUUGAAUUCACCGUAGAAGUCGAAGUACCGGCUUGCCCGGAAAAUCGCUCCGAAUGGAAUCAGAAGUUCCUCAUAUAUCCGGUCGGUAUCAACGAAUCGCUAACUGUAAAUCUCGAAAUGAUCUGCGAUUGCGAUUGCGAGCGACCGGACACCAGCGCAACGUUUACGCGCGGGUUCCAGCCGAAUUCCACGGAGUGCGAGAAUCACGGCGAUCUCAGCUGCGGCAUUUGCGCCUGCUAUGCGGGCUACUUUGGCAAGAAGUGCGAUUGCGACGCGAGCAAGGGGGUCUCGGCCAAAACGAGCGAUCUGGCCUGCCGACCCGAUAACACGACGACCGUCGACUGCAGCGGCCGCGGCACCUGCGAGUGCAAUCAAUGCAACUGCAACAAAAGAUCCGAUGGCGAGGAAAUCACCGGACAAUACUGCGAGUGCGAUAACUUCUCGUGCGACCGUCGCAACGGUGAGUUGUGCUCGGGCCCGAGCCACGGUACGUGCGAUUGCGGUAAGUGCGAGUGCCAUCCCGGCUGGAGCGGCAAGGCGUGCGAAUGCAGCACCAACAAGGACACCUGCUACCUCGACGGCCUCGAGUGCUCCGGACACGGUACAUGCGAGUGCGGAAAAUGCAAGUGCCACGAUGACGGCGAUAUGCACUACUCUGGCCAGUUUUGCCAGAUUUGUCGCACGUGUCCGAGCCGAUGCGACGACCUGAAGCCCUGCGUCCUCUGCGAAGCUCACCGAAUGCUCGGCAGCAACGACACGACGACGAUGGACGAGCCGCCCCCGGAAUGCAACACCACCUGCAAGAUCAGCGACAUCAAGUACGAGUACGUCGACACGAUCGAGAUCGACAUCGACCGCGAGGAGGGAAGCUGCAGCGACUACGACGAUCAAGAUUGCAAAUACUUCUUCGCCUAUCAUCACAAUAUUACCACGAACAAAUUUCACGUGCGCCUGCAAAAGAAUCGCGAGUGCCCGCCGCAAGUCUACGUAUUAGGAAUAGUACUGGGAGUCAUUGCCGCCGUAGUAUUAGUUGGGCUCGCUCUGCUAUUACUAUGGAAGCUGCUCACUACUAUUCACGAUAGGAGAGAAUUUGCGAGAUUCGAGAAGGAACGCAUGAUGGCCAAGUGGGACGCUAGUGAAAAUCCGAUUUACAAGCAGGCAACAUCGACCUUCAAGAAUCCCAUGUAUUCAGCCGGUAGCAACAAAUGAGAAGAGGAGACGGAUUACGGAUCGAUGGUCGCGAAACACUGGCAUUUUUCCAAAAUUUAAUCGCGUUAAAAUAUUCAAAUUUUUCUAGAUGAGAGUAUUGUAUUACUGCCAUAAUAAUGUUAAGUAGUAGCUCCUUCAUAUUGUAAAUUUCUUCAACGAGAGAGAAAGAGAGAGCUGAGCUGAAAAUCCGAUGUGAUUAUUUGAGCCACUUAAAACCGAUUUAAUGAAAUUUUUUACAUACUUAUUUUUAUCCAUUCUUACAAUGGAAUUGCGAAAGAAAAUAUAUUCAUACGAAUGAUAUGAACAUGAAUUUAUCGUAUUAAGUAGAGUAAUUUAUGUAUUAUAUUAAGAAAAAAAUACGAUAAGCACAUCAUAUACGCGCACACAAUGUAAAAAUCUCAAAAACUUAAGUGCCUAUACAGCAAUUUUUUUCGAUAAAUCAAAUAUAUGUAUUGUAAAUUUUUACGAUAGCAGGUGACUUCUAGUCACGAUGUAUACUGUUGAAGUUGAAGUUUAACCAAUGAUAUAAGCGCAAUAGUUCUUCCAUGUUUUCUCUAUAACAGAGAAGUAGUUCUAUGUGAUUAUUUUGAAAUCAAUUUAUCAAAUUUUUUAAUUUUUGUAAUAUAAAAAUUUAAUAUCAAGUAAUAUCUAUA